CAGAUCUUUUUGACAAUCUGACUGCUCCCACGGGCCCUGUACGAACGCUUCUGUGUUCGCGGACAAAAGCGCAGUGUUAUGCCUCGCGAUCGUUACAAAGCGCUCUCGAACGGUACACCGACGGAAGCGCGCGCGAUUCCCAAACCAUUCGGGACGGCAGCCUACCAGCGACGCCUUCGCGAGAUCACCGUCCGGAUAACGCGGAACCGCACGCUUGAAAGACCGAGCCACCGCGAGGACGAUGACGACGGCGAGGCCCCUAUACUGAACAAGGAGCGAAACUGCCGCCAUCCUUCUUCGUUGACCUCGUCGGCUUCAACGUCAUCUCCAAAGUACCGUGCCGGGACUAGGUACGAUCCGCCGUCGGACAUCGAGCCCUCGCCGUCAUGGACACCGAAGGGCUUCCUCGUCUUCGUCGACUCGAGCACCGAGCUCGAAAACGAGAGACAACGCGAAAGGGCAGUCGUACCACCGGAAGACUCCCUGUUUUAUCCGGCAAGCCCGGAAGAAGCCGCGUCGACAGGCGACGUGGACGCAGACCCGGCGCGAGGCGGCAGCCCACCCAAGACCGGCUGCUUCCACGUGACUGCUUCGAGCGGCAGUCCCGCCUGCCGCAUCUGCCACGAAGGGGACCGAGAGGAAUCGCUCGUGUCUCUUUGCAAGUGCUCGGGCGCCGCUGGCCUUCUGCACGCUUCGUGUCUGGAGCGUUGGAUGAACGCCCGGAACGUGGAACACUGCGAGGUAUGUCACCAUCGCUUCCAGACCGCCGCGGUUGAGUCCAGUUCCGCUCGGCUCUUCUUCCGCUGGGUCCUGUUCGGCGAGCCGCAGAUGCAGAGGGCGUUGCUAGGCGACCUACUCCUGUUCGCCCUUCUGACUCCGGUCGCCGUGCUGAGCUGCCUGCUCUGCGUGCGCGGCGCUUCGAAGCGGGCGCUACGCGGUGACGUCACGGAGGCGGCGGGCCUGGCCGCGCUGGCCGUCCUCUUGAUCGCGGCCUGCGUGGUCUGGUCGUGUUUCGCGGUACGCGUUCACCGCCGCGCGUUCGUGGCGUGGAAGGCGAGGCACGACCCGAUGCAGCGCACGGUUGUGACACCGCCUUUCCAACGUAAGACGUCAGCGCGAACGACGAGCCCCCGAGAGCUCGUAGACGUCGCCACUGGAAACAUCGACGUCGACACCACGUCAACGCGGCGACAAGAUGGCGGCGGCAAUUGCGAUGUCGACCACGCGCUGUUCGAAACGUCAGCGAACGCGUUGUCGGAGGACCUGCCUUCCGAGUUGCAGCAGUCUGUUGGGUCUGCCCGUAAGCAUUCUGCGCGUUCUGGCAGCAUUGUGUGAACUGUUGUUCCGCCUAUAACCUGGUUCGAUUUUUUAAUGUUUUAAUGAUUUAUGUUCAAGUAAUGCUUUUAUUCGUACUCGUUAUGGCGUUCUAAUUUAAAUGUUCGUGACGGAUACUAUAUCAUGAGCACUGUGUAACCAGAUUUCGUCGGUUUUAACAUGUUUUUACGUUGUGUUUUACUGUAUUUAUACGCUUGUUUUAACGCGCUGUCUUACUCCGAUUUCGUGCGAAUAAAGGCGCGAUUCGUCUGCCUUUCCACACGGCGAUAUGUCGACCCUUCUCUGGUGGCUUGCACUGCGCAGUAAAAGACACCACUAAAUCUUUUCAGAUUCGUUAACUAUUUCAAGAGUAUACUGCAUUUAUUUGGCCGCCAAUUGUUCAAUACUAGCAAUGAAAGUGAACGUUUAUUUCGAACUUAGCGCUUCUAAAGCCGCAUUCCGGUACUUCAACGCGAUUUCACGGAUAAUAUACGCGCGUUGUAGCCGUCUUUGUGCAGUUAGUUAUUUGUCGUCUCUUUAAUAUGCGAUGUAGUCCUGGUUUGUCAAUAAAACAC